AUGGAGCUACAAAUUAAGCAGGAGCGAGAUAAGAUACUAACAGAAAAAGCAGUUAAAGAGAAGCACAUGAGAGGGCAGCUGGACACACAGCUGGAAGAGAAAGAGAAACAACUGCAUGAUAUUCUAACAAAGCAGCAAGAACUGGAAACACAAAUGAAUGCCCUGAACAAAGUAAAGACGAUCACAAAACAAGAGAAUGAACGAUUGCUCAAGGAGAAAGAAGAGUUGGAAGCCCUGCUUAGCCACUCUCAGGAAACUUUAGAAGCAUCCAGAAUGUACAUCCAGCAGAUACAGAUACAUCAACAAGAGGUAACCAAGGAGAGAGCUAGAGCGGUGGUGUCAUUCUCAGAAAGUGUUGCUGCACAAAAGGACAGUCUACAAAUCCAACUGGCCAUACUCAAAGAUAUCAAUAAGAGACUUCGAGAUGAUAAAGAUGAAGCAGAAGCAACACAGGCAAGGAUGAACCAGUCAAGAAUGACUAAUCGCAGCAACUCAACACCGCUCCAGAAGAAGAGCUUUGUCAGCAAAAUCCAGCAUUACCCAACUACUUUUCCUGCAAAUGAUUCUAACUAG